CUUGCCUCCACUCUGACUGACAUCACUGGAGUUUCCCAGUAGCUAUGUGUAUAUUAGCAGCAGUGCUCAGAGCAUAAGUCAAUCAAACACAGCAACAGCAGGACAAUCCCUACCUUCAAAACAACCUCUAAUAAACUGUUGGAGUUUAGCUCUAACAUUUUACUAACUUCUAGACCGCAAAGAGCUUUCGUUGACACUUGAGCUCUCUUUCGAUACUGCCUUGGAUAAGUAGAUAAAGGAAGGUUUCUACUAUACGAUGGAAGGCGAUUGCAGCAGAGUGUCGGUAGACAUGGAGAGUGGGCCUGUGUACCCGUCAACGACCGUGACCCUGGUACGGGAGAAGUCCACAAACGCACACCGGUGGAGGCUGAGCGGUGCUCUGCUGGCCAUGGCACUGUGUGUCUCAGCUGCACUUUUCGUUACCUGGCACCCCAAGAAACAAGAUCACAUCGAAGAAUCUGAUGAACUUCAGCAUAUGUUGAGACAACUCUCUGGGAACAGAAAGGCUGCCAUUCAUUUAGAAGGUGAAUACAACGCCAACGGAGAAUACAAGUCCUCAGUGGAGUGGACAGACGAAGUGGGCCAGGGAUUCUCACAGGGGGGCCUUAAACUCAACAACAACGAGAUUGUGAUCCCCCAGACGGGCCUCUACUUCAUCUAUAGCCAGGCCUCAUUCCACGUCAGGUGCCAGGCCGACCCCAAGCACCCUAACGGCCAGGAGAUGGUUCACCUGAGUAACACGGUCAAGCGCUGGUCCCCAAGCUAUGGCAGCGAAGACAACAAGGAGUACCUGCCGCUGCUCAACUCUGUACGCACCGUGUGUAAGAGGUCUCCCAACAGCGAGGCUACGAGUGAAGGAAAGUGGUAUAAUGCAGUGUAUGUGGGAGCUGUGUUCAGUCUGGAGAGAGGAGACAGGCUCCAGGCAGACACAGAGAACUGGCUUCUGCCCCAUCUGGAGAGUGGUGAUGGGAAGAACUUCUUCGGCGUGUUCGCCUUGUGAGACAGACAAAAAAUGUUUUGACGAUAGAGAGGAAGGCCGUGUCCCAGUCAGGGCGUUUCACCGACUGAAGUCGACUGAGGUUAAGGUAUUGUUGUUUUAUGUUAAAGCCAACGCUUUAUACUCUUCUGUUAAAGAUGAGGAAUUAUAGCCUGGGUACCAGUCUGUUUUGUGUUAUCAUGCCACUCAUUGCCACCCUUUGACCUGCCAAACAUUGGCUUGCAUGACAGUAUGGAGUAGGCAAGAGCACAAACAGAUCUGGGACCCAGGCUAGAGGAAUGAUACCAACCUAUGUAAACUGUAGCAGUUAAUAUAUACUUGGGGUUUAUUGUAUAACAAAUGUGUUGCCGUGGUGUUACCAUGGCAGUAUAUUUCUAUGAUUUUAAAGUACUAUGUACUGAACUAGUGUUACACUCAGGACCUGAUGCAGGACUAGCAUCCACAGCACACAAACCAACCGUACUUUAUCCUUUUAUCUGAAGGAAUUCUGACGACGAUUCAAUGUUUUUAAGCAUUUUGAAUAUGCCACUACAUCGGUCAGAUUUCUCUUAUUGAUUAAGU